AUGGGCAUCUUUACAUCUCCCAUCGCUCUAGCGGGAGUCACCCUCGGAGCUGUUAUACUCUUCCAUAUCUAUUCGGCCAACGCGCGACAGAAGAGAUACAACAAUGUCGGCGCUGGACCACCGGCUAUUCUGCCUUCCAACACCUUGGGACUCAAUUAUGUGAUCCAAAUGUUCAGCGAGUUGAGGAAACAUCGGUUCUGGCACUGGACGAAACGCCUGCUCGAUGAGAACAAUCACACGCUGCAGCUGCAUCUGCUUGGGGCCAAUCUGCUCUUGACGGAUGAUCCGGAAAACAUCAAGGCGAUUCAGGAUACUCAGUUCUGGGAAGUCGCCAAGUCGAAGGAACAGCAUGAGAUCUUUAAACAUAUUCUGGGGGAUGCUAUUUUCGCACUCAAUGGCGAGGAAUGGAAACAGGAAGCCGGACUCCUCCGCCCACACAUGAACCGCGUCCGUCAAUCCGACUUCGAAGUCACGGAACGCCACAUCCAGAAUGCAUUCAAACUGCUCGAAGAAGGAGUCGACGCCUUCGACGUGAUCGACCGUCUACAGCUCGACGUCGUAACGGAGGUAUUCUGCGGCGAAUCGACAAACUCCCUGACCUCUGACCAACAGCCCUUCCGCAACGCAAUGGACACUCUACUGAAAGUCGCCAGCUUCCGACAACUCCUCGGAAAAGUCGGCGUCUACCUGAAAGAUGAAUGGAUCGCCCCGAAAGCUGUCGCCUUCAUUGACAAUUACCUCGAGAACUUCGCGACAAAGGCAUACGCUCGGAACGUGCGUGGCAAGACAGCCAAGGACUCCUUGACGCUGGUCGACGACUUGAUCGUCAAAGGUAAGCGACGUGCGGAUAUCAAGAACGCAGUCACGGCGACGCUGCUGGCUGGGAAAGAUCCCACCACGACGUCGCUGGCUUGGGCGUACUACGAAAUUGCGCGUCAUCCGUACGUGUUUGAGAAGAUGAGGGAGGAGGUCAGGGAUCAUAUCGGAUUCGAGAGAUUGCCCGUGAUGUCCGAUCUCCAUAAAUUGAAAUACAUCAAGACAAUGAUCAAGGAGACUUUGCGAGUCCAUCAUCCUUUGGGAUUCAACGCCCGCGUCCCUGUCAAAGACAUGACUCUUCCUCGCGGAGGCGGUCCAGAUGGAAAAUCCCCGAUUGCGGUGCUGGAAGGCACACAGAUCUUAUACGGCCUUCUCUCUCUCCAAAUGCGCGAAGACCUGGGUGUCGACGACGUCUCUGUCUGGAAUCCGGAACGAUGGGAGACAUGGGAGCCCACCAACAAGUGGGAAUUCGUACCAUUCAAUCACGGACCACGCAUCUGUCUAGGUCAACAAUUUGCCAAUUUCCAAAUGGAGUAUUUCUUCGCGCGACUGUGUCAGGAUUUCGAGAGCGUGACUUUACUUCCCGAGUCGCCGAGACAAGAGGGCAUGGUGAAAUUGGAGCUGAAUACUAAGAUGGCGCAUCCGGUGUUUGCGAAGUCGGUGAGGAGGGUGAAGGGCUAG